AUGGCUGCUCAGAUAGGAAACGACGCGGGGCAGGCGUCCGACCUUGCUCAACUAUGGCAGAGCGCAGUCGAAGACUAUGAGAAGAGGACCAAGAAGAGUCUUCGACUGGCACAGCUCAGCAACAUAGAUCAAAUCAUGAAGGGCACGGAAGGCCUGUCAGACGAGUUCAAAGAUUUCCGUCACGACCGGUCUAAAACAGACAAUAUGCGGACCGCGUUCAAAAACAACUUGUGGCUGAUCCAGAAGAUCGUCAAUACCGUCCAAGUGGUUGGGAAUGCUGCAUCGGCCUUCCCUCCUGCAAUGCCGGCCAGCUUGAUUUUCACGGCCUUUGGGCAGGUCAUGCAGUCUUUUGCCACGGUGUCUGCCGACUAUGAUAAGAUCAUGGGGUUUUUCGACUUCACACAUCGAUUUUUUGACCGACUCUCGAUGAUCGAGAAUAAGACCCCACAGCAGAAGCCGUUCCAGCGCUGUGUCGCUCGUGUCUUCUCGGGUAUGCUGACCAUCUGUUCCAUUGCCCAGGAAUAUGCCGAGAGAAAAAGAUUUAAGAAGUGGUUUAGCAGUUUAAUGGAUGGAUCGGACGGAGCUCUUUCGGGGGCCAUCAACAAUAUGGAGGAAGCCGUCAAUGAGCUGGCCCAGGCUGUUGGUCUGGCCACUCUUCGCACUGUGGAGAUUCUGGACGACAUUGUCCAAAGCAUGAAUGGAAACGUCGAAUUCCUUGUAGCAAAGGUCACUUUCAUCGAUGAGCGAACGGCGGCCAUCAAAUCCGACACGGGAAUCAUUAUCGAACAGAACCGGGAGCUGGAAUCGAAACAGGACGCCAUGAUGGAAACGCUGAAUGAGCAAUCUCGGAUGUUCAAGGACGCAGUUCAGAGCUUUGGAUAUAUUCAGAUGGGAGCCAACUUAGACAAAAGCUUCCAGACCAGUCUACUGAAGCUAGACGUGGUGCGUCUCCGGCUCACCCGUUGGGGUCAGUCCGUCGGAUUGGUCAAUGCGAAUGACGUGAAAUCACUCCAGAUUACGAAGCUGGCCCCUGAAGAUAGAGAGCAGGUCCAAGGACUUCUGGACCAGAUUCUAGAGCUUUUUGUGGAUGCCGAGGCGACUUCGAAACGAUUCAAGAAACGCAACGGGAACUCCACCACGCCAGUGCUGGAUCCGGCUAAAGAGCUAGACAGCGUCUCGGCGUCACUUCACCAGAAGAUGGAGGAUCUCGCUAAGAAACGGCAGGGCAAGUUCGAUUUGGAGCAGGACAAAUGGACUAUAUACGAUGAGAAGAACUUCACCCGGCUGAUCGAGGAUAUUAGUGAAUUGGUAGAUGGUUUGGUUGAUCUCUUUCCGGGAAUCCAAGAAGAACAGCGCAAGCUGUGUGAAGAAGAGGUGUCCUAUAUGAACACGGGCGAGGACAUCCUUCCCCUACUAAAAGAGGUCGCUGCUGGUCAGGACAAGCUGCUGAGUGAUACAGUCAUCAAAGUUAUCCAGUCUACCACCACCUACACCAAUAGUGUGGUAUUCUCGGGGCCUAACUCUGGAUUCCAGAUAGGAAACAAUUCGGGCAAGAUUAGCGGUGUCUACUUUGGCAGUUCUUGA